UUUCGGUAGAGUAGUGUACUAGGAGCCAGCCAACGACGAAAACAUUCCGUGUGAAAGCGUGUUCGUGCGUGCGUGUGUAUUUAUUUUGUGAUAUAUUCAAAGCAUACUCUUAGCCAUAAAGGAGCUGGAAAAAAUAGUUUCACAGUUUUUUUUCCCAUUUUUACAGUUAGUCAUAUUUGCCAGCAAAAAAAAAAAACUGCAAUUGCAAUAAUGACACGGUUUGCGAAAACGUGAAUGGGAUUUCUUUAAAGAAUAUAUAUGUUCUUAGGUUUGCAUUUAAUAUGUUAGUGGCUGAAGUGGCUGGUGUUGUGCUUCAUGUCCUUGGCUCCCCUUUAAAUGUCAGGACAACAUGCAAUUCAUGGCUUCGUCUUUCCCAGCAUACCAAAAAUUCCAUAGAAUGUGAAAAGUGAAAUUAAAAGGAAAACAUAAAUAAAACACAACACAACGAUUCAGUUUCGUUUUCAUUUUUUGGUUCCAAUGUAAAUGGAACAAGUGAAAGUUUGCAUUGUUGUGAUGAAAAAGGUGAAAAUACUCACGAUAAAUAAAUUACAAUAAAUAAAUGCACAGAGCAGUGUAAAUAUUUAGCAAAUAAUUUGUUUGGCCAUUUUUUACUAAGAAAAAAAGUACCCAUUAUCAAAAAGAAAUGAAACAAUGUCAAUGCACUAGAAAAAUUGACCAAGGACAUUGAUGUUACUGCUCGGCCAAAAACAAGCAUUGCAAGGAAAUACAAAAAAAAAAAAACAAAUUGUGAAUUGCGAAUUAACUUCGAGUCAAUACCAACAGAUGACCAAUAUGUUGCAAAUAGCAACGUAAAAGCCCAGAGGAUACUACAAUUAGGGGCAUUUUACGCUUUUGAGGUUUGACAAACGUCAACGGGAUAGGGAGCUAAGCGUACGGCAUUCGCGAUAGUUGGCGGACAAAGAACGUUAUGCAUUUUUGGAUAGACAAACGUUCGCCACAAUGUGGUUUUGGAAGAUCGCGGGUGGCAGCUUCUUUGUCUGGGGCUGGUGGUGGGGCGGGUGUAAGUUUUGGUCAUCCGCCACGUAGAACCAAUAAAUCCACAGCGGCUGUACAUCGCCAACAGCAGCAGCAGCAACAACAACAACAGCAGCAGCAACAUCAUCAUCAACAAGCGGCCCAAUAUCAUCAACAUGCCGGCGGCAGCGGAGGAGGUGUUGCCGCUGGCGGAGGAAGUGUUUCAAGUUCUCCACAUUAUGUUGGUGCCAGUGGCAGCAGCAGUUCUCAUCAUUCCCAAAACAACAAUAACAACAGCCACAAUCCGGCAGCGGGCCUAACAGUACCCACACACAUGUCUUCUUCUUCAUCUUCCUCGGCUAAUCGUAAUCACGCUUCCAGAACUAACAACUCCCAUCACUAUUACAACAACAAUCGUCAAUAUCAGGCCCAUGGCCAACAAGCACAUCACACAAGCAGCAGCGGCGUGACCACCACUACAAACACAACAGGAGGAGGAGUGCCAACAACAACAACAUCAUCGCCAGCAAUAAUCAAUUCUAGCAAUAAUAAUCAUGUCAUCACCACGAACUCGUCGAACCUUAUAACUUCACCCACGGGCAAUAAUGCCACUCCCUCGGCGACCAUAACUUCCUCAUCGUCGGCAGCAUAUGUCACUUAUAGUCCAUCGUCAACUGGCCAUAUGGCAGGUCAACAGCAUUCGCAUCAUCAGACACAGCACCAGCAGCAUCAUCAUUUACAGCAACAACAAAAUCCUUAUCAACAACAACGUUAUCGUCAUCCCCAAUUCGGUAAUAUGUCGGUGAGGACAUAUCCAUUGGCAUCAGCGACAGCGGCAACGGUCCAACAGCAACAAUCAGCAAGCUAUUCACAUAAUGCCAAUGUUGUGGUGCAUCAUCAGCAGCAGCAGCAACCACCACAUGCUGUUGAUUCCUCAUUGAAUCCCAUACCGGAAAGUUCUUCAGUUCAGCAUCAAAGCCCAAUUCAAACUGCCAAUAUAACUGCUGAACUGUAUCAAUCAUCACCCCGAGUUGUAACAGUUUUUCCUCGACCAGUUUACGCCGCAAAUACCAGUAAUCCGAGCAACACCACCAAUACGGCGAAUCCACGGCGGCGCAAUGUUACGCGAUCCAUUGAAAGUGUGGGCCUGCAAUUUCUCCCGCUACAUCUGAAAUGUGGCAUUUUCGCUUCACUCGUCCUAGCCAUAGCCUUCAUUGUGGGCAUUAAAGUCUAUUUCAAUAAUCAUGGCACCAAAUUUGAGGUUGGACUUUUUUGGUUGCUCACGGCUACAUUUGUUUUUGCCUUCUGCUUUGUCUCCAUUUGUAAAGUACCUAGCAUAUUGUUUGCCGCCUCAUCGGCAUCUUCGCGCUCGGGUUCGAGAGAUCAAACGGUACGCGAUCGUUGUAGUAUGGAUGAUGCACGAGGUUCUGUGGUCAAUUCCAUUGAUGAUGUUGUGCUCAGUAGUCUGCAGGAAUUCCAACAGCAGGAAAUCUUGGAGCAACAAAUGACACAGGCGGUCCAGGCGCAACAACAGGCGGCAGGUCCACCUCCAUAUCACAUAGCCAUAUUGCUGCCAGCCGAAUCGACGAAGGGCAAAGAAGAUAAUGACCAGGUAGAAGAGUCACCACCACCGUCCUAUGAUAAGAUAUUGAUAUAAAAUGUGUACGAUUUUUUUGUGGCGCCAUUUGCAGGCCGAUGUUUUACUGCGAAUACAGCUGGUAGGUGGUAAGAAUUUUAUUAGAAUUUAAAAAUAAUAAAAAAACACAAAUGAAAUUUAUAAUUGUAGAUUAUGAUCAAUUUAUACACAUAUAUAAUAUACACAGGAUAUUUAUUAAAUAAUUAAGAUAUUUUUUCGAAAAAAAAAA